AUGGCUAAGACUGCUCACACUGCUCGCGACGGACCUCUUUUACACGCUCGCGACCCGUCCGACGCGCCCGAGGCCGUUUUCGCCGAUCCUCAUCCCGACUCACCGCCGUUCUCAUCGCCAACACUCCCUCUCGAGCUCAUUAAGGAGAUCCUCGAGCUGUGCUGGAACGACGGGACUGCAGAGGGCAAGUCGACCCUGCUGAGGUGCUGCCACGUCUCGCGAACCUUCCUCGCCGCGGCUCGACCCAUCAUCUGGCGAACGGUCCGAAUUGCGUGCAAGAACGUCGUCAAGCCACAUGAGCCGGGCCAUGACGAGCAGAUGAAGAGUCCCUACUCGUCCUCUUCGUGUUGGCGACUCGACAGCUCGUCCCGCCGCCGACUCCUGAUCCUCUCCGAGCGCGUCGACUUGCGUUUCUUCAUCCGUCUUUUCGACCUGUGGCCGCCGAACGGCGUUUUCAGAACGGAUUCGGCAACGAUGUGGGUCAACGACUUUGCGCUCGUACAAGCAGUCGUCUCGAAUUUGCCCGCCAUUGUCUCGCUUGGCAUCGCCUGGAUCCGCGACCCCGACCAUCUCUACCUUCGUCCGCCUGCACAAGGCCAAUCCUUGCGCAUUCUGACAGCCCGCGAUAUCAGUAUUAAUGUCGAUUUUGCCAAGGCUUUCCCGAAUCUCCGCCAAAUCAACCUCCAAUCGUUCUUUCUCCUCGACAUCCUUCCGCGGGAUCUUGCUCCUCCGGUCGAAAGUCUCUGGGCCAGUUCGCUCCAAGGCGGUCUAAGCAAGCUUCUCCACUCUUUCGCGGCAACUCUGCGCGCCGUCUGGUUCGAUGAUCUUGCGGGGCUAUGCUGGACGGAUCAGCGGACCCGGACCAACCUGUUUCGAUCACUCGCCCGCCUCGAGUCCGUCACCUUUACACUUCGGGACCUCCACACCCGCACCAACGACGAAGAUUGUCGCAAUCCCCAUCGCUUAUUCCGAACGCACGGGUGGCUGGCUCAACAGCUCACUGAGGCCGUCCGCCUGCUCGAUACACUUCCGCGCACAAAGCAGGUCGUUCUUUGUCUCGUUUUGCCUCCCCUCGCCAACCCCAAGGAUCAGGUGUCCAACUGGCUCCAGUGGCAGGGCGCACUGCGGAAUCUGCGCAAGGACGGCACAUGGGACAUGCUUCUUCCGCCGACGGUGAAUGAGGUCGACUGGAGUGGGAUCUUUGGCGAGGAGGAGCACGAGUAG